GUUGAAUUAAUCAAUCACCCACGAUACCAAUUACACAAUUACACAAUUUUUAUUUUUAUUUCUAUACCAUACCAGCUUCUUAUCAUAAUGUCAGACGAAAACCCUUCCAUCUCCGCCCUGGCAGAAAUCGCACAAAGCGAGCCCCAGAACUUACAAGCUCAUGCCAACAAAAUUGUAUCUCUGGAGUUUUUCGCUGAUGAUGCCUCUCAUCAUAAAUUAUUCAAGGACUUAAAAUUCCCCAACCUCGAAAAUCUCUGGCUAGAUGCCUCGGAUUACAAUGAAGGCGCACAUCUAGAACAGUAUCUUCAACCUAAGCUAAAGCGCUUUAUUUUCUACGGGGGGCCUAUCUCGGAUUCCUUCCUGGACAAGCUACAGGCUUCUUGUCCGCUCUUAGAAGAACUACUCAUCGACAACCCGCGGGACCUCAUUUCCCCUGAGGGUUUCCUCCGAUUCCUCGAUGGCGCCAAAGCUCUGAAGCGAAUAUCAGUUAUGUACGGGAUGAGCCGAGCCAUAAAUGACUCGGUCAUUAUUGCUCUCGCUACGAAGCCCGGCCUUGAAAUUUUAGAGUUCCAGGAGCUCAUCACUACAGAACUCGCCUUAAGAAUUGUCGCGGAACGAUCCCGGAACGAUGCUGAGGAGAAGCUGCUUCCAGAAUUUCGUGAAUUCAUCUGCGUUGCGGAGCCUGGCGGACUCACGAGCAUACUGCCGUAUCUAUCCAAGCUUACUCGCCUAGAAGCGAAUAUUGUAUAUGAAGGUUUUCCUUUGGCCACGAUACAGGACCGCGUAAUCCACAACAUCGCCUCGCAAUGUAUUCAUCUACAUACUUUAAAGUUGGAAUACAGAGCUAUAGAAGGUCAGCAUAUUCAUAUCCCCUCAGAUGGUCUUGCCAAGCUAGCGCAGAGGCUUAGCAAGUUAGAGGAGCUCAGCAUUUCUGGCAAUGGAGUCGAAGCUCCAGAAUUCGGGGAUCCUCAAUUUGCCAGUAUAAUACAAGCCCAGCCGCGCCUCAAGGUCCUGCAUCUGAGAUUCACAUGCUACCUCACGGAAUCUUCAUUGGCAGAGGCUGCCAAGUACGGCGGGACGAGGCUAGAGGAGCUCGAGCUCAACGGGACCUACAGUCUUCUAAACCUAGUAUCUAGUGAUGUCUUGUUUCCCCAGUUAUUAUCGCUCGAGCUCGGGCAGCUAGCGCCGCUACCUCUCACGGACGAUGCGAUAGCCAGAGAGGCAGCUAACAUUGCUCGACUUCUAAAGAAGAUUGCGCCUAGAUUGCAAUAUUUCGACGUGAUGUCUGGGAAUACUGUUAGUGAUAUGGUAUCGUAUGAGCUGGAUGAAAUAUAAUUGAACUACUACCUACCUACCUAGGUAGUUAUACUUGGGAGGAUAUGCCUCUGCUCGUACGCGAGGUAUUUCAUUCCUAGUCGCUUAUACGGAUUCCUCUCUUUAGCUCACGAAAUACCA